UGACCAGUGGAGGGAUGCUUGGAUCCUGUACCAAACCCUCUCUACCCCGCCACCUUCCUGGGACCCUGAGAGAGAAAUCUGUCCUGAUAGUUCCAGAAUCCUUGCCAGAGGUCAAGUGCCUAGGAGAUCCUAGAGAGCCCCCCUGUGUAUGUAGCAAGCCUGCCUUGAGCACGUGCCUUUGUGAUGUGGGUUCAGGCUCCAUCUCAGUGAUCGAUGAUCCAUAGCCACCCUGAAGCUUGCUGUAUAAUAUAUGGCUGUAGAACAUACAGAUAGUGUCAGCAUAAUCUACCAUCUGCAGACUGAGAUUUAAGGACCCCUCCAUUCAUUACAUUCAUACCUGCUGUGCUUGCACUGCCCACUCUGGCUCACAAGUAUUUGUAGGCUGUGCUCCUCACAACUCCCUUUAGCCCCUUAUUUUAACUCUUUCUCAUUCAGAUAGUAGGCUUAACUGAUGCCUCAGAGAAGGGACCUCAGGGGCAGAACAGUUGUAACAGAGGGAGGAAGAAACCUCAGGUUGAAGGUGGUGACAAUGAUAGUGUUCGGGGUGCCAAGCCUGAGACCCCAGCUGGUAUACAGGACAUUCAGUCCUACCAUGGCACUAUCUUGGCCAACUCAAGGCUCAGAUACUUGGUCUGGGCCAAAUCCACAUAGAUUUCCUGGUCUGCUUAGUUCUGGUACCUAGGUCUCACAGGAAUUUUGCAGGUAUGUCUGUACUAGGUUCCAUACUGCAGGUGUGCACCUCCAUCAUCUGGCUUUAAGAGACCUUUGUUGCAAUCAGUGCUUAGUACCUGAGCAGCCCAGUCUUGGGUGGGUACUACUUCUAGAGUCUGCUGAAAUGAGGGUAGCACUCCUCCCACCUUCUCAAGCCCAGAAUUCACUGAAUAUUGCAGUCUUUAUGGGUUCUAGACUGUUCUCUGCCACUGCUAGUGCAUGAUAGUCUGGUAGAGGGAGGGGUUGGGCCUUCUGACGAGCUGCCCCUGUGGCCCUUGCUGCUGCUGUUUUGUAAGUAGUUGUAGACUCUGUCUUGCUCCACUAAUCCCUGCUCUUUGGUAGCAGGAUAGGAUGAACCCCUCCUCCACUAAGCAGGUGCUGACCCAGUAGGUGUAAGUAAGAGGUAAAGCUGUGUCUAGAGAUGUCCUGAGUGGCUCACAGGCCUCUCACAGUGCCUUGAGCAUUUCAGCAAGCUGGAGAGAGUCUCCAAAAACAGGAGAAGCUUUGUGGGUUAAAUAAAGAGCAUUUUGCUGUAACCAUAUGUGGAACCUGAGGGCAGGACCUGAAUCCUGGCAUGGCCUCUUCCUAGAGCAGGGUGAAAUACAUUGCCAGUUCUCUGCCUGCCUCCAGAGGGACCUGAGAAGGCUAGGCAGGCAGAGGAUGUGGGGGAUGUUCCUGCCAGCAGCAAGUCAGAACCACUUGCUCCCAGAGCUCAUAAUGCAGAAGGAGAAAGGAGCCAUUCAGGUUUGUAGUUCAUAAAGGUUGUUCAGUGAAGACUGCAUGCAGGAUUGGAGACUUCCCCUUGGAGGGAGCAGAGAGAAAAAGUGCCCAGUCUUCACUUGGCACUCAUUCCCAUAGCUGGCGCCUGCACAUGGGGUGGCAAUGGGCCCUGUUUAGGGGGACCCGAUGCCCACUGCACUAGAACAAUUCCAGACCAUAACAGUUGUUGACCCAUUGGCUCUUGUUAAUUGUUUUAUCACCUCAUUACAUCUUCAAAAAUGUCCUAGUUUGCAUAAAAUAGUAUAAGGUCUCAGUAGCUGUAACCAACAAAGGGCAGGGAAGUCUAAGUGGCCAGUUGAGAAUGCAGCUUCGGCACACAGCCAAAAGGGACCCCACAUUCUUACUGAGCUGAAGGCACAGAGCCGGCUGGCCACAGGUAAGAGACUCCCUGGAGGAAGCCAGCAGGGGACUUCAGCCCAGGAGGGAUGCAACAGGGUCAUUGCCUGGAACAUUCAUGAAAUUCUCUAAUGUCUUAAUUUCUACAAUUAUAAAACAGAAACAAAGCUUUAGUAUUAUAAGGGUUUAAUGAUUAGUUGAGAUAACAAAUGGGAAAUCAUUUUGGAAGCCACACAUCACCAUUAAGCAUGAGCGGUUGUGUUAAUGGUAGAUUUCAGUGGGGACCGUCUGCUCACCCUAGCACUGCAGAGAAACUGAAUUGACAUCUUGGCAUCAUCCCAUCUAUAUUCCAGGACCUGAGGCUGUUGUGUGCCAACAGCACAUGAGAUAGUCUUUUAUUUGAACAGGGAUGCAACCAUAGGAUUCUCUGACGAAGCUCAAAAGCCAUAAUUGAAACAGCCAAGAGGAUGCAUACACAUGCCCAUUAACAUACAUGUAUGUUUGUGCAUGUGUGUCGAGAGCUACCUACUCCACAAAAUCACUCAAUAGAGAGGCUCUGUGGUUUUCCUGGACAGCUGUAUGAAUUGUCAGAAUGAAAAAAUUCAACCUUAGCCAUUUUCCUGAGCUCUGUAGAAUUACAAAUACCACAUCCAGGAGGCUGGGUAGAAAGGCAGGCACCUGUCACCUUUGCCAGACUUACCUAACCUUCCUCUUGAGCCACAUCAUUGGCUCAAGAGGAAGGUUAGGUAAGAAAAGAAAAGGGCACAAUAGUCAAACUAAUACUGUGACUUCUAGACAAGGACCUGUGAUAGCCACUCAGGUCCAGGUACCACAGGCACACUGAGUAAUGGCAGAGGCUAAUAGAAGGCAGGUUUGAAGCCAAGGCAAGGAGGCAGGCUUGCAGAUGGAAGGACAUUGGAUGGAAACUGGUCUUUGAAAGCCAGUCCUGGCUGUUCUUUGAGCAUCUUAACUCCAUUUAAGAUUCUUUCCCUGGGGUUGCCCCCCAACCUUACUUUGAAUGGUAGUGGGGCAUUAACAUCUGAUGUGGACCGUGAUGGGUCCACCUGUUGCCAGAGUUCUCACAAAUGCCUCAUGAAGAAGAACAGGGUUGGAAUAUAGGGAUAGAUUCUGGGGUGAGGAGCAAAGGUGUCUACAGAAUAGGAGGGGGUGGAGUUGGAACAGUGGGACUCUGGGCAGAGGAACGAGAACCUUGAACACCAGGCUAAGUAAGUUGUUGCCCAGGAAAUUUAUAGAAUGAUACUGAGCAUUAACAAAUCUGUAUGGUGAAUCAGGCAGCUGGGGUACAUUUUCAAUUGAAGAGGAAAGACAGGAGUCAGAUCACAAUGGAAGACAACUACACACAAGGAACUGUCCUGUUCCCAUAUCAGAGGGGUGUAGCUUCAGGACUCAGGCAGCACCUAGAAGCUGAGGUCCAGCCAUGACAGGGGAAUCAAGGACAGCCCUGAGAAUCUCAUGUUGGCCUCCAAAAGAAUGACAAAAAGAUCCCUAGAUGGGGGUACCCUAGGAAGAAAGAUAGUGGUUGGAUCUUAGGCAUGUCACAAUGAAGCAUGCCAGGAACAGCACUGCUUCAGGAUAUGGGGAGAGUGAAGCCAAGAAAAUUCAAAGGGACUUAUCAGUGGCUUCACCCCAUGGUGGUAGGGCCAAGGCUAGCUCUUGAGAUGUGAAAUUAUCUCUGACUAUCCCAGCCAUUCUCUUUCUUCUUACUUCUCCUUUUGAGGUUGAUAUGGGAGCCCCAGCAUCUGCAGCUUCCUUCUUUCUUCCAGCAGCCAGAGUUUAGCUGGAAGGAGAGGAAAGCAAGUCCAAGAAUCCCAUGCCAGGCCCUUCCAAGCUCUGAGAGUAAGAGCAACAGGAGUGUCUGUUUAUUGGCACCAACCACAUGCCAGGUAGUUUAGGACGAUACUUUUUCCAAUUGUCCUAACAACCUAGAGGCGGAAACACUAUCUUAUUCCCAUUUUAUAGAUGGGAAAACCAGGCACAGAGAGGUUCCCUUGCCAAAGUCACACAGAGAAGAGAGGUUCAUAGGGUGUCCAGGGCCCAGGCUCUUCUCAAUAGUACUGUCCCUGCAUGGAUCACUCUUUCUUGGCAUAGGAGAGUAAAGGGAAGAUGGAAGAGAGGUGGUGGAGGCCAUGAGUACAAUUGUGCCCUGCUGUGACCCUCAGGAGGGUGGGAGCUGGGCAGGAGCUGAGGAAUCAAAGGUGAAAGUGGCCUGUUUGCCUGGUUGUGGUGGGCAUAUUCUAAAGCAUUCCUUGUAGUUUCUUCUGGUGGUCAUGCUUCUGUGUAAUCCCCUCCCUAUAGGUGAGAAAAGCCCUCACUAUGAGCCUCUAACCAGUAGAACAUGGCAAAAAUGGGAGCUCUCACUCACGUGUGAUUACUUUGUGUUUGUAGGACUACAGUCUCCUCUGGAUUCUGUCAUUGCUGGCUUAAUAAAGAAAAAGGCCAUGUGGGAAGGAGCCAUGUGGCAAGGUACUAUGAGCCACAGGGUACCCGAUUCCUGAGACAUGGGCUGUCACCCACGAUGGCUCUCUACAUGGUGGCUUUUCACUGGGAGUCCUCCAUGAUUCUGCUAACCAUUAUCCUCUGUGUCCAGUUCUCUAUCAGGUGUCCAUCUCUGAGGGUUCCUGACCUUGCCCCUGGACAACUUCCCCUUCUCAGACUCCUAUCAGGCUGGACUCUGCAAACCUGCUUCCGCAAUGGGUGGGUUGUGAAUGCUGGUAAUGAGGAGCUGUGGGCGCAGCCAGCCUUGGAGAUGCCGAAGAGACGGGACAUCCUUGCAAUCGUCCUCAUUGUGCUGCCCUGGACUCUUCUCAUCACUGUCUGGCACCAGAGCACUCUUGCACCUCUACUUGCUGUGCACAAGGAUGAGGGCAGCGACCCACGGCGGGAUGCGGUGCCAGGCGCAGACUCAAGGGAGUACUGCAUGUCCGACCGUGACAUCGUGGAGGUCGUGCGCACCGAAUACGUAUACACUAGGCCCCCGCCUUGGUCCGACACACUACCCACCAUCCACGUCGUGACGCCCACCUACAGCCGCCCAGUUCAAAAGGCCGAGCUGACGCGCAUGGCCAACACGCUGCUGCAUGUUCCCAACCUGCACUGGCUAGUGGUGGAGGACGCACCUCGUCGUACGCCACUGACUGCGCGCCUGCUGCGCGACACCGGUCUCAAUUACACUCACCUGCAUGUAGAGACGCCCCGCAACUACAAGUUGCGAGGAGAUGCCCGUGACCCACGCAUCCCACGGGGCACCAUGCAGCGCAACCUGGCCCUGCGCUGGCUGCGAGAGACUUUCCCACGUAACUCCACCCAGCCUGGCGUGGUGUACUUUGCUGAUGAUGACAAUACCUACAGUCUGGAGCUCUUUGAGGAGAUGCGCAGCACCAGAAGGGUGUCCGUGUGGCCUGUGGCCUUUGUUGGUGGACUUCGAUAUGAGGCCCCACGGGUGAACGGGGCAGGGAAGGUGGUUGGCUGGAAGACAGUGUUCGAUCCCCAUCGACCAUUUGCCAUAGACAUGGCUGGAUUUGCUGUGAACCUGAGGCUCAUUCUACAGCGAAGCCAGGCUUACUUCAAGCUGCGUGGCGUGAAAGGAGGCUACCAGGAAAGUAGCCUCCUUCGAGAACUUGUUACCCUCAAUGAUUUGGAGCCCAAGGCAUCCAACUGUACCAAGAUCCUGGUCUGGCACACACGAACAGAGAAACCGGUGUUGGUGAAUGAGGGGAAGAAGGGCUUCACUGACCCCUCAGUGGAGAUCUGAGCCUCAGGAUGAAGGAGCCUCCUUCUUUGACACUGUUCUUGGCCUUCCAUCCUCUCUCCACAGCUGAUGGGCCCUCCAAGGCAGAGUCCUAAGGAACUACCAUCACCUCCUUUCUAUUCUGGGGGCUUUCAAAGAGAACCCAGCUUGAUGACAGGACAAAGGACAAAAUUUAAGCACAGAAAUUCCAGACUUAUUGUUCUCUCCAUCCAAUGUGACCAGGGAGCCUGAAAGACCUGAGGGCAAGGGGGUCUGGUUGCCAGCAAAGCCAGUGCUCAGCUCACCUCUAUAUAAGCAAGUGCCAUGGGCAUCCACGCCUGCCCUGUAAUGUUGCUGGGGAUGGGAGGGAGGUGAGAAGACCCUGCAGUCCAGUGGAGCAUGGUCCUCCCUUGCUCCCUGCUCCUUGGCCAAGCAUGACCGCACAGGAUGCUCAGCAGGGAAUUCCGAAGAUAGAGAGCAACUCCAGGCAUUGUGAAUGCCCUACUCCUUGGCAUCCACUCCUCCUGAGCACUGCUCCCAAAUCAGACAUACCUCUGGCUCUCCUCUGGUUCAUGUUUACAGAGCAUAUAAUAAGGCUGUCUUCUAUCUCAACAGGUGCCCGGCCCUGCAUGGGGGGAGCCUAAGCCUGUCAGUGGAUUCCUCCUGUACCUCAGGCUGUGGUGGGAAUGGACUCCCUUUCUCUUGCCCACUUUCCCCAAGCCUUCUUCUCCAACACUGGCAAAGGAGGUGGGCCUAGAGCCACACAGGUCACUGAAUGACCUGGACCAAGAACAACAUGACCCCCACUAUCCAUACACUACCUCCCCACCCUGCCCUGGGCUAUAGCCCCUUGCCUGGCCCAGGGUGGGGAGGGAAGAAACCUUCUUCCUGUGGCUACUGAAAACUGCAGGCCUCACGGCUACAGUAAGCAAUGGUAGGUGAGGCAGACAGCUCCUCCAGCCUUGAGAGUAGAAGGGGCUAGGAAAGUCCCCAACUUUUUUUUCUGCUCCUAUUUUGAGGGAUGAGAAAUUAGACUGGAGAGAUUUAGGGAAAGGGGGCAGGGAUCAGUUGGACACUAAGGAAAGGAGACUUGAGCACAAACUGCUCAUUCUAAUUUAAAAUAUAAAAGGGGAAAUAAAAUCUCACUUCUCCUGAAGCUGGGAGCAUGCAGAGCCGGCCCACCUCAUAUCCAGCUGUCCCCUCUCCACUCCAGAGAGAGAACAGAGUUGCAAACUGCUGCCUCUACCCAGGGAGUAGUGGCUCCCUGGUUCUCCCAGGGCCCUAGAGAGGUCCCUGGCUCUCUGACCAGGACAGCCCCUCUGGUGGUGAUCACAUGCUCCUGAAAGUUGGAAGCACAAUUUUCCUCCCACGUGAAGGAAAAGUAAAGGGCCUGUGCCUACUGCAGAGGUGUUUAUUUUUUAAUUGCUAACAGCCCCUUCCCUUACUCCAUUAAAAUUUAUAGGACAGGUCUGAGGGCCAUGCAGAAACCACUCCUGGAUGUGUGCUUAGGAUUCAGUCCAGACACCUAACAUUCAGAGUAUAGCAUUGGCUGCCUAUUCUGAAAUGAAUAUAACUUCCCACUGUAUUCAUGAAACCAUCUGAUUAAAUCAGAUCCCUGAAUCACCUUGCAGGAUGUUUUCCCCAACCUCUUAUACUUUGGAUAUUGCUUUGGAAACUGACCCCUUGGCAUCAAGUGUGAUGGCAUGGGACAGAGGAAGGAGGUGGGCAUAGGGCAUCCAUAGAUGAGUGAAUUUAUGUCUGGGCAUUCUACUGCCUCAUGAAAACUAGCCCUGAAUACCAAGGUCAAAUUGGCUGGUAUGAGAACACCUCCUUAGCCAAAAACCUAGGGCUUAUUUUCAGGAAAUUAAUAAUGAACAACAAAAUGAGGAUUUUUAUUUUAUUUUAUUUUAUUGGCAGAUUGCUAGUUCAGUUGUUUUCACCUAAUAUCCUCUCUUAGCUGCAUGUAUAUUUAUUUAUAAUUAUAACCCUGGUGGACUGCAGCCUUCAUCUUUGUUGGGAAUGAGUUUGUUAUAAGUCAGAAUUGGGUCCACAAUGACGACUUGUUUUUCAAACCCAGUCUGUUCCCUGCUCCAUUGCUGGUGAGCCCCACCAUAAAGAACUGAAGCCAGGGGUUAGGAGUUUCCAGGGCAGUGGCUGGGGUGAGGGGGAGCCCAGGCAGCUGCACCAUCUGAUCUCUUUUAAUUUAACUGUAUUUAAUUUGUUUUCAAAAUUAAAAGUCAAAUAUGGUUUUUAACAGUCCUAA